UCAAUUUUGGUUGUCGGGUGCUUUCCCUUUCCCUACCUACAUGAUUGUCAUACGUGCAACAACAUGUCGAAUUCUUUUAGACCUAACAUCACUCAUGUUAUAUUUGAUAUGGAUGGUUUAUUAAUUGAUACAGAGCGAUUGUAUACUAUAGUUUAUGAAGAAAUUUGUUCGGAGUAUGAUAAAAAAUACACAUGGGAGAUAAAAGAGCGCUGUAUGGGCAGAAAAGCAGGAGAUGGGGCUAAGAUAAUGAUUGAUACAUUGCAGCUGCCAUUGACAGUUGAAGAAUUACUAGCAAAAGCUAGAGAAAAACAAAAUAAACUUUUUCCACAGUCUCAACUUAUGCCUGGGGCAGAAAAACUGGUGAAGCAUCUUCAUCAACAUAGGAUACCAAUCGCUGUUGCAACUGGCUCGGCCUCUAAGCUGUAUGAAGUGAAGACGACUAAACAUAAGGAAUUAUUUAGCUUGUUUCACCACAUUGUGUGUUGUGGAGAUGAUCCCGAUGUUAAGAAUGGCAAACCACAUCCCGAUGCUUACGUUGUUGCCCUUCAGAGAUUUGAAAGUCCGAUUCCAAAUCCAGAACAGGUACUAGUAUUUGAAGAUGCAAUAACUGGUGUCAUGUCUGGUAAAGCUGCAGGGAUGUACGUUAUUAUUGUGCCGGACCAACGCAUGGAUGCUGCAAAAACCAAGGAUGCACACAAACGUCUAAAUAGUCUUGAAGAAUUUGUACCAGAGAACUGGGGCUUACCUGCAUACUCCAGUUGAUCA